AUGGCCACACUGACGUCUGCCACCGUCCAGACGAGCGCUGUUGCAGGUGUCAACGUUCAGACAUUCACCGGUACCCUGGGCGGUCCGCCGCCCCCAGUUAUUUCCAGCACUGGCACUCGCCCGUUCUCCGUCGACGGUGACACUUUCGUUGGUGCUGGUGCAGCGCUCGGCCGAUCUUGCGAUAAACAGCACAACGCAUGCGCCAAUGCCGCCAACGGCGGUGAUACUUCGAUCGGCGGUGUCGGUACCUGCGAUGCGCAGAACCAGGAGUGCCGUGCCUUGAUCAGUGCCAAGCGCCGACGGGCCCCAUUGGCGCCCAUCCCCGCCGUGAUGCCACGGGUCGUCGAUGGCAGGAUUAAGAAGCGUGCCCUCGACCUCGGUACCUGCAGCGAUGCCACGAUUCUCUUCGAGAACGGUUUGGAUGGCCGCAACACGCCGGCUUUCAUCGCUGAGAACCAAAACGAUUUCAACCACGGCUCAGCUCUGAACAUCGCCGUCAUCGCCGGCUUCAUCUGCCAGCGCCUUGGAAGCCCUUGCAAUGCAGCUGCAGAUGUUCAGGCCAGCUGCACGAGCGCCAGUGCAGCUGCCGUUGCGACUACUCAGGACCAGGCGGCCGCCGAUGUCUUCAACGCUAUUAUGGGAGGAGAGGAUGUUGGUUCCGCGGCGACAAGCACGACUGCGGCGGCAGCUGCCACCCAAACCGCGUCGGAGUGCAGCAUUGUAGCAGCUACAACAGCCGCCCCGGAUUUGGCAUCCACAACCAUUGAUGCAGUUGUCAUGACUAUCACGUCGUGCUUCUAG